GUAUAUAUAAUCGGAAGAACUGUCAAAAGUGAAACUGCUUCUUUCAAGAAAGUUUGUUUCGAGAGUUCAUUAAUAAUGGUAAGUUGACAUUUCAUCAUUGAUUAAAAAAUUUUUAAGAAGAAUGAAUCGACAAUAUCAUCCAGCAAUAUCAAUGGGUAGUUGGCGAGUAGUCGGAUAUUUUACAUGAGGAGUGUUUUUCACCUUGUCAUUGUCACUUUCAUAUCUUGUAAACUUCACGUUUGGUAGGAUUCAUAGAGAAAUAUUCCUGUCAUCAUCAUCAUCAUUUCCACAACUAUUCAUAUUUAUAUGGCUGAUGUUUCAUCAGUUAUAUGCAACAAAUGCUCUUCCAUAUCUGAAACAUACAUAUCAUGAAGUCUCUCUCAACAAAACCUGCGACAGCAAUCAUGACUGCGUGGGAGUGAGAUACUGCGAUAAAGUGUUUUGUGGGGAGGGAUUAUGCAAAUGUCGGAACUACCCAAGGGCUUGAAUUGAAAAAAUAUUUAUUCAUAAAACAUGUAAAAAUACAAAUGAAUAGUGUCAAAGAACUUUAUUUAGCCUGAAUACUAAUUACAAAAAAAAAAAAAAUUCAUACACAUAAAUAAUUUUUUUAAAUUCUUGUAAUGAAUACAGUGAUAAGCCUACCAGAAUUUUUAAUAUUCCUUCAAUUCAAAAGCAAACUUUUAAAGGGCCCGUAUCACAGAGACAAGUUCUCACAGAGACAAGUAGUGUUUUUGAACGAUAUCAGUGUCACAGAGACAAGUUUCAUACGAACAAGUAUUUUUAUAAAUGACAGUCUCACAGGAACAAGUUCCCACAGAGACAAGGUGAGUCUCACAGAGACAAUGUCAGUCUCACUGGAACAAGUAGUGUCAGUGGAACAAGAAGAUGGGUAGAGCCCCAUUCGAACAAGUGGAAUGUCACAGAGACAAGGUCAUUCUCACAGGAACAAGAGGGAUUGGAUUAGGAGGAUUAUUGGUAUAUAUAAUCGGAAGAACUGUCAAAAGUGAAACUGCUUCUUUCAAGAAAGUUUGUUUCGAGAGUUCAUUAAUAAUGAUAUUCCUGUCAUCAUCAUCAUUUCCACAACUAUUCAUAUUUAUAUGGUUGAUGUCUCAUCAAUUGUAUGCAACAAAUGCUCUUCCAUCUCCGAGAACUACUAUAUAUCAUGAGAGAGAUCUCGACAAAACCUGCGACAGCAAUCAUGACUGCGGCGUGGAAUUGGGACUCUGCGAUGAAGUGGCAUGUGUGGAGGGAUUCUGCAAAUGUAGAAACUUAGUAUACGAUUGAAUUGAAAAAUCUCUAUCCAUAAAACAUGUAAAAAUACAAAUGAAUAGUGUCACAGAACUUCAUGUAGCCUGAAUACUAAUUACAAACAAAUGUCAUACACAUAAA